CCAUUUGUAGCAGAGCAGCUUCGGUUGAUAAAGAUUUAACUUCAGUUCCUAAUUCCUAUAUAGUAAGAUGAUUCGCCAGCAUCCUACCAAUUUACAUCCACUCUCUUCUGAGUCGUUGGUCUAUGUAAUCAGGAAGAACAUUUGCUGUUAUUUGCUUCAUCUGAAUCGUUCAUCAAUUUAAUGACGAAAAUUUAUGUGGAUUGUUUAGUCAGGAAGAAACUUGGGUAGUACCCUUCUCAAUCUAGCUACUCUGCACAAUCCUUCUUUGGUUGAACUGGCUGUUUCAUGUCCUUUUGAAUUGUUUGUGGAUACUGCCACAUAGUGCAUGGCGGCAUGGUUCCAUUGGAAUGGUAAAUUGCAGGCAACCACUGCAUUUUAUAUUUCUUUUGAUUGACUGCCAAAACUCACUCCGGCACCCAUUAUAUAUCUUCAAAUCAUCCAGACACACAUGUUUGUGUAAUAAGUAGUGGCACACCAUGGGGAUUUUAUUCAGAACCAAAGGUUACUCUUAAUUGAACAUACAUGAUAGAGUUUGUGAACUCACUUUUAAGGUAGAUGAUGCAGCUUUCCUGGUUCACCAUCUAUAAUUGAACAAAAAAUAUUGACCAGAAAUAUUCCUUUUUUGACAUUACAGUGGUUGAAGAAUAUUAUAUGUAUGUACGUAAAGGGUGGAUAGUUUCACUGUCUUAGUUGUUUCUCCGUACUUGUGUUUCAUCUGAUCCAAAUUCUUGCCUUCAAGUUGGCCUAUCAUGUGCUAUGACCUAUGACUGAUGGUAGAAAUUAACCAUGCUCUGAUCUGUGUGCAUCACUUCUCUUGGUAGGAAUUAAGCAGCCUUACGUAACCACUUAAAUGUCAUUGGUACCAUAUUUAACCAUGCUCUACCCAUUCUGAUUUGCAUGUAUGCGCAAGUCAUCUUUUUCAUGAAAUCAGCAGGAGCUGCUAUUUUAUUGGCAAUAUGAGGAAAUGGCUCAUAUGAGAAAAACAUAGAUGGAAAAUACAGGGAUUGCAAUCAUGUACUAAAAAUUAUACUCUAGAUGUGAACUUACAGAGAAUUAGACAUAUAUGUACUCUAAAGAAGGUGCAUGUAUCGUUUGUUUUCGAUUGUCUGUAAUUUGCAUUUGUCUUUUUCGUACAGAAACCGGCGUGUCGCGUAUCUAUAUCAACCGGGUGCAUCUUCUUCUCGAUCUGGUGUGGCCGCCCCAACGACAUGUCGUCGCAGCCGCAUCACCAGCCGCUCGGCAUCACCGCCCCGGUGCCCGUCCCGGUGCACGAGGACGACCGGCUGGCCAAGCUCAAGAGGCGGAUCAAGGAGAAGCGCGGGCCGCUGAUGGUGGCGGCGAUGUUCCUGGCGUGCGCGGCCCACCGGUCCGCCCUGAACCCCCCGGGCGGGUACUGGAAGCACGGGCGCGACGCCGGCACCCCGGUGAUGGCCAACUACGAAAACUUCAGAAUGCUUACCUCCAUGGCGUUCUUUACGUCACUGGCGCUCCUGGUGCUGCUCUCCUGCGACCGCUUCUACCGGACGUGGGAGAGGACAUGGCAGGGCUGCUCCUCCUCGCUCUCUUCGACGCCGGCUGCCUCGCCUCUGCCUACGUAGUCGGCGCCGGCCAGAUUGACCAAACCGACGGCCUCGUGUUCCUCCUCGGAACCCUCAUGGUCUUGUCCUUCCUCUUCUUCGGCGUCCCCAGGGCUUGGAGACUUGUGAAUCGCUGCUGCUGAGUAUAUGUGUAGAUAAAAAGCGUCUGCAUGCUUGAAGAUGGUUAAGGGUACCACCCUGUCUAUCUGUUGGUGGUUGUUAUUAUUGUACCGUACGUAGAGUGCAUGGGUUCAGCAAAUGCCCGCUGUACGUAGAAGAAUGAGCAAGCCGUCACUAGCUGUGGUAAAUAAGUUGUGUUGUGUUGGCCAUGGUUCAGCAACGCGCGCGGUCUUUUCUAAUCCAGGGUUUACUUUUUUGCUGUACACCUGCUGGGUUCAGCUUGUAAAUGCCCGCUGUUGGACAAUGGCAUCCAUGACUAGCGUGCAACAAUUAAUAAGAUUGGCACUUUCGCGGAA